AUGGUGUAUGGAGUUAAUUUGUCUCCUCAGCUAGCUAUAUGUAAAGUUGAAGCACUAAUGAAACUCCAAUGGCUUCAUGAGGCUGAAAAGCUAGAAAAAUGGGCUGAACCAGUGAGAGAUUAUGAGUCCUUAAGUCAAGCACUACCUUGUGACAUUGCUAAAUCUUUGUUUCAAGCUCAAGUUGCAUUGAGGCUUCUUCGCGAUGAUGUUGAGGAAGUUUCCUUGUUUUGA